UAGGUGUUGCGUCUACUUGCUCCUCAUCACGAUCGGCUGGACGCACCUCUAUAAAUUUUAGCCCCAAUCUGAACAUUGUGCACAGAUUGAGGAGGGCAGGAAUUAUUGAAAUUUGACUUGGAUAUUAUAGGUUCUUUCUCCGCUUCAAAUAAACCCUCUAGUUCUAGUUUGACUUCCCAUCUUGGUCCCACUCAGAACUGUUUAUCUUGAGCUUCCUUCUAUUAUUCUCGUCAUUUUGUGUGUUUACACAAAAGGUCAGAGCAAAAGAAAUAAAGUGUCUCAAGAAAAGUGUCCAUGAUAAGUCAUGCACGCCCUCUGGCGCAGAUCCCACUGACGGCUGACAAUCAUCGUCAUUAAAAAUCGCUUAGCAUAGUGAAAAAGACACACUUUUUGACGCACCCAAUCUUGUGCGGUUCUCAUGUGAAGAGCACUCAAGGACGCGACGCGGGAAUCUCCAGGAAGACCCUAAAGCCGGACAAGUAAGAGUCACAUUUAUCGCUGAAGAGAGUGUCAGAGGAUGACGAGCCUGACGGAGGACAAGGCGGACAUGAAUGAGGACGAGCUGUUCUACCUGAUGAAGUGGCACAACUUCCAGAAGAAUGUGAGCAUCCAGUUCGAGAGGCUGCGCGAGGAAGAGGACCUUGUGGACAUCACAUUUGCGUGCGAGGGACGUCAGAUCCGGGCGCACAAGUUGGUGCUGUUCGCGUGCAGUCCGUACUUCAAGCAGCUCCUUAAGUCCAAUCCCUGCAAGCACCCGGUUUUCUUCAUGAACGACGUGAAGUUCGAGGUGCUGAAGGCGAUCCUGGAGUAUAUGUACCUGGGCGAGGUGCACGUGAGCAAUGACAACCUGAAGGAAUUCAUGAGAGUGGCGGAGAGCCUGAAGAUCCGGGGGCUGUCCAAGGACAAGCAAGAUCGCCUCAUGAGUACCUCCUUGGCGUCACACAUUGAACAGCACAUGGAUUUCGAGUCGGACAUCAGCGAGGAGCACUUGGCCACGCAGAACGCCGUCGGCAGGAAGCACAAGCUGCUGGAGGAGCAGCCCAGCGCCAUGGAGGAGCUGCAGAGGGCGAAGUGUGCCAAGCCGGAGAAGGGCGCGAAUGACGGAAUGGUGCCCAAAGUGGAGAUGGUGGAGCUGUUCCACGAGCCACACGCCAGCGCGCCCACGUACUGCAACAUCCAGACACUGCUGAUCGGGACACCGGCGCCCGAGAAGACCCUCACCACCAUCACUGUCCCACCGAGCGCCACAAUGAGCGGUCAGGCGCCGCCGAUUGUGCCGGAGAUGACACUGGAGGAGCACAAAGUGCAAAUGCCCACCGAAGCAGCCUGGAUUGAGAAGCAGCAGCAACAGCCCGUGGAGCAGUCGCCGGGCGUGCAGGCGGACAAGAACCGCGGCAAAGGUACGAAGGCCAACUGCCUGUCGCCGCAUCCGUGUCCAGUGUGCUCCCGCCUGUACAGCAACGUGUCCAACCUGCGCCAGCAUAUGCGCCUCAUCCACAAUCCCACGGCCGUCGUCUGCACCAUGUGCCAGAAGACCUUCAACUCACAGCUCUACCUCAAGCGCCACAUCUCCUCCGUGCACGGCUACGCGGCCGCCGGCCAGACUAGCGCCACCGGCGACAGGGAAGAAGUCAAGACCACAGCGACGCAUCCUCAGGCUCACACUCAGCCCGCGGCGGCGAAUUGGAACAUCUACGAGACCAUGGAGAAUCCCAACUCAAUCAUCACGCAGUGAGCCUCGUCCGCGAUUCAGUCUGACAACAAUGAUCAUUGCGUAUUCCUGAGAAGCCACCUAAUCUGAUUCCACAGAAAUCCCCCCAUUUUACACCUCUGACUCUUGUAAAUAGGAUUUAAGCCAGUAGAAAUGUGUAGAGUUGAUUGAAUCAAAUGCAAUAUUUCUAUUAGAAUAUUGACGAAAUCAUUGAAAUUACUUAAGUAUUAGUUCAACUAUGCGUGCUUACUGAAAUCACUGAAGUAAUCAUAGAUUAAAGAAG